UCCCCGCCGCCGCCGCGCGGCCGGGCUCCAGGGGCCGCUAACGGUCCCGCGCCCCUCGGCGUCCGCGCCCCCGCCCGGCUCCGCGCCCUGCCGAGCAGGCGGCGCCGGCGGGCGACGGGCGCGAUGGGGGCGGCGGAGCCGCUGCACUCGGUGCUGUGGGUGAAGCGGCAGCGCUGCGCCGUGAGCCUGGACCCCGCGCGGGCGCUGCUGCGCUGGUGGCGGAGCCCGGGGCCCGGAGCCGGCGCCCCCGGCGCGGAUGCCUGCUCUGUGCCCGUCUCUGAGAUCAUCACCGUCGAAGAAACGGACGUCCAUGGCAGACACUACGGCAGCGGAAGAUGGCAGAAGAUGGAAAACCCCUUCGCUUUCACAGUGCAUUGCGUGAAGAGGGCCCGGCAUCACCGCUGGAGGUGGGCGCAGGUGACCUUCUGCUGUGCCGAGGAGCCACUGUGUCACCUGUGGCUGCAGACGCUGCAGGACCUGUUGCAGAAGCUGACCUCCAGACCAAAGCAUUUACUGGUGUUUAUUAAUCCAUCUGGAGGAAAGGGACACGGCAAGCGGAUAUACGAGAGGAAAGUGGCCCCGCUGUUCACCUUAGCCUCCAUCACCACCGAAAUAAUUGUUACUGAACGUGCUAAUCAGGCCAAGGAGAGCUUAUACGAGAUCAAUAUAGACAAAUACGACGGGAUCGUCUGCGUUGGUGGCGAUGGCACGUUCAGCGAGGUGUUGCAUGGCCUGAUUGGCAGGACGCAGAGGAACGCCGGCGUGGACCAGAACCAGCCCCGGGCAGCCCUGGUGCCCAGCCCGCUCCGGAUCGGCAUCAUCCCUGCAGGGUCCACGGAUUGUGUGUGUUUUUCCACGGUCGGCACGAAUGAUGCGGAGACAUCAGCUCUGCACAUCAUCGUGGGGGACUCGCUGCCCAUGGACGUGUCCGCGGUUCAUCACAACAGCACGCUGCUGCGGUACUCGGUGUCCCUGCUGGGCUACGGCUUCUACGGGGACAUCAUCAAGGACAGCGAGAAGAAGCGGUGGAUGGGCCUCGUCAGAUACGACUUUUCAGGUUUGAAGACCUUCCUCUCGCAUCACUGCUACGAAGGGACGGUGUCUUUCCUGCCAGCGCGACACACAGUGGGGUCUCCCAGGGACAGACAACCCUGCCGUGCAGGAUGCUUCGUGUGCAGGCAGAGCAAGCAGCAGCUGGAGGACGAGCAGAAGAAGUCGCUGUACGGCUUGGAGAACACGGAGGAGGUGGAAGAGUGGAAAGUCGUCUGCGGGAAGUUCCUGGCCAUCAACGCCACAAACAUGUCCUGUGCUUGUCCCCGGAGUCCCCAGGGCCUGUCCCCGGCUGCCCACCUGGGGGACGGGUCCUCUGACCUCAUCCUUAUCCGGAAAUGCUCCCGGUUCAACUUCCUGAGGUUUCUUGUCAGGCACACCAACCAGUACGACCAGUUUGACUUCGAGUUUGUCGAAGUUUAUCGCGUCAGGAAAUUCCAGUUCAUGUCGAAGCACGUGGAGGACGAAGACAGCGACCUCAAGGAGAGGGGCAAGACGCGCUUCGGGCAGAUCUGCAGCGACCGCCCCCCGUGCUGCUGCCCCUUAGCCAGCAGCUCCUGGAACUGCGACGGGGAGAUCCUGAGCAGCUCCGCCAUCGAGGUCCGGGUCCACUGCCAGCUGGUCCGCCUCUUUGCGCGGGGGAUCGAGGAGAAGCCUAAGGAAGAAGCACACGGCUGAGAUGCCGUCACUCACCCCUGCCUCGCUGUGCUUGGGAACCGUGAACGUUAUUUAAGAGAAUUAUUGCAGACCAAUUACGUUGAUAUACACAUUUAAAUUUAGAAAUUUAUUUUUGAUAGUUAACUCUUGAUUUUAGAAAAAGCAUCUACGUCAGUUGUGUGACCACGUCUGGCAUUUUCGGUUCUAUGUAAAUCUUUGGGCUGCGUUUCACGUAACUCAUCCUCAGCCCGUGGCACCUGGCAGUUUGGGGGCGCUGGCUGCUUAGAUUUUAACGACGCCAACAGUGCGGAUUUUCCAAGGGCCCGUCAGUGGCUCUCCCGCAAUCAUUGUAGGGACGGUGAACAUGAGGUCACACCACCUGGCCGGGCGAGGUUUCCCGGCUCACAGACCCACCGGGCACGACUCACUCUGUAGUUGUUAUGAUCGGGUUUUGGAACUGAACUUCUGCUCAGGACACUUCCAGACCUUCUCUGUCCCGCACAGCUACAACGCGUUGGAGCCCUGCUCCGGGGACACCUCGGGAGCGGAGCAUUGGCGUGGGGACACAGGCUGGGAGAAAAGCCGGGUCCUUGCCUUCAUCGCAGUCGUGUUUCUCGGACAGUCGGCUGGUCGCAGGAACAAUCAGGGGCCCCAGACACGGCGAGAUGCCGGCGCUUUACGGCCACCCCGGGGCGGGCGGGCGGGGGUAGGGGACGCACGAGAAGCUGGCUCGCAGUAGAGAAAAAUCCACCUGUGCGUGCCGCGUUCACCCCUGUUGGGGUGGGGGUGGGGGUCCCGAGUCCGGGGGCUCCUUGGCUGCAGGCCCCGAGUCUAUACACUCGGUCCAGACUGGAGCUUUUCUUCGCACUCAGUUCUACGUAGUUACUGAAACUGUCGUCCUUUUCAGCCAGAAUAGCAUGAAUAGUGUCUUCAGGGUUAGUAUUGUCGAUAGUUUUCCACUGGAGCCCAGGGGUUCCCUGUGGGCGUGGCCACCUGCCCCGGGGCGGCCCCUGAAUGCGCUUGUGGCCCCGUUUCCUUUGUAUCCGUGCUUGGCUGUAUGGGAGAUGCACCUAAAACAGCUUUAUUUGAAAUAAAAGACGCGGCUUGAGCUCCAGUUUGCAACGAGAGAGGAAGCCUGUUACAAGAGGCGGUUUACAAGCCGUCAUGCACUUUACGAGUGCCCUUGACCUCACGUAGGUGCAGGUAGUCAUUUUAGCAUUAACAGACAAUAUAUUUUUAGAACCUGCAGUGUUUAUAUUUUGAAGUAUACAUGAAAUGUCCUAUUUUAUCAUUCAACUGCAGGUCACAGAAAAAGGGCCGCUUUAACUGGCUUUUUUAAUAAGAUCACUUUAUCAAGUGAUUGUGCAAAUCCAGUGGUUUAAUAAUUAGCGGGUGGGUGAAAAGUCUGGGUAAGAAAAGUAAAUAGUCGCUGGCUGUUCCUGAUUGUUGUUGGUGCUGCUGCUGGUCGGAAGGAAGCAGACGCAGGACUAGCAGGUCUGAGCGGGGGGGUGUGAGCGCCUCCCAGGGGGCUCCUGGCCACCCAGGGCCACGCUGUGGAUUGUGUUACUUUGACAGGGUUUCCCGAAACAGGACUGGAGUGGCCUGAGUUUAGAAAACCAGCCCGGGGCCGGAGUCCACAUUCACAUCCGCCGAGAAAGCCGGCCCCACGGUCCCCGGAUGGCCCACCACACGCCGACACCGCAGGCCUUGGGCGGUCCCCAGGGCGCCUGUGAUUGUGUGACCGCCCCCCAGCGCUCCUUGUCAGUCUCCGCACGGGACGGAAGUACCUUCCAGACAUUCCCUCGUGGGCAGGGGUCCUGAGCUCCAUGACGUCCCCACUUGGAGCCCCAGCGUGUACCUCAGGGGUGACAGCUGGCUAGUGAGGACUUAGGGUCACCGAGAAGGGUUAGUCGAGGCUCUAACCUCCUUUGCGGCUCCGUGGCACAAACGCCCGCGCAGUAGUUCAGCUCUGACCCUCCCGCGCGCGCCGGCUCCCGAGGAGGGACCCGCUCGACGGGCAGGCGCGACUCUUCCUGUACAAUCUCGUGUCACCGGGAAGGGCGGAUGGAGGAGGCGGCUUCGUUUUCAUUUAAUCUUGCAGGUUUCAAGAUUAGAAAAUGGUGUAUUUGCCCUGACAUGUUUGAGAAGACAAAAAUAAAGUUACUAUGGGC